GUGACCAGGCAUCUCAAGCAGUGCAGUAUUACGGGAGGUCUGCUCGCGUCUUGCGGGUACUCAACCACGGGGAGUUGAAGCUCCAAUUUUCAGAUGGUAAAAUCCGCUGCACGAAAAACUGGUCAAGACAAGAGCCGACAUUGCCUGGCAAGUUCCGCAGGCAACAGCGGGUCUACUAUGUUGGCAAGAGUUGCUUCAAGCAUGAUAGGGAUUCUUGCUUGUUCGGGCAUCGUCUGAAGAUUCUGGGGCGAGCGGCUUCCAACGGCGAAGAGCUGAUUGCUUUGCAGCUGGAGUCUGGGGACAGACAUCUCGCUCGCCACACAAGCUUAAGUACGAAGGAACCUCGCCACUCCAGCGGCUUUUUCCUUCACCAGAAGGUGCAGUGGAUCUACUAUGUUGGAUCCGCAAUCGCAAAGCGCCACUCCCCGCCUACAUCUUACUACGGACAAGCAGCAGUGAUCACCAGCUUCACACCUCAAGCCAAGUACGUGUGGCUCCGGUUUGGUGAUGAUUACCCAGUGAAGACGAGCAGCUUUGUGGUUUCCGCGCCAAAGGUCUGUGGAGAUCGCUUUCGCAUUGGCGAUGAAGUCUAUUAUGCUGGCUCAAGCGAAGUCCUCUUUGGCAGGAAGGCCACCAUCAAAGCCGUUCUUCCAGACACGACCGGUGGGCUGCUAGUUGAAUUUCGUGAUGGAACUACCAAAGCAACCACGGAGGCCAAGCUGAGCCUUCAAAAGCCAAGGGGCCCGAGGGAGCAAACAGCAAAACUGUUUGCGCCGCCGCCUCGAAAAUGUCAGUUUCGGCAUGAUGCGUCCAUGUGGAUGUCUACCGCUUCUGCUGUGGACAAUGAAAGGGAUCGUCUUCCACUUGAAGAGAUAUUUUAUUCCCAAGACUCAAUCAAAAACAAAUUCCAAGAUGGUCGAUCCUUGGGCCAGAUGGAACGGGAACUGCGUGUCGGUGAAAAGCAGUUGUCAGACAUUCCCCGCAUUACAGUGGUAAGGCAUGAAGGGCGAUGGUUCUCUGUCGACAAUCGACGUCUGUGGGUGUUCAAACGUGUCUUUGGCCCGCAGCAAUCAGUACCGGUCUCCCGCGGAGCACAGGACCACCGGUUCUGGAGCAAGUUCACCACCAACAACCAGGGAGUGGAUGUGCGUGUGAGGUGA